GCUGGCAGGAGAUACCGACCAAUCAGGGUGUGGGUGACGUUCUCCCGCCAGCCGCAUGUGACUGGCUAUUGACAACCGAGGAGGAGGAAGAUGAACCGCCGCCCUGUUUAUUGUUAGUGUUAUCGGUGGUGCUCUCGUGUAGGAAGACGGAGGAAAUGGGAACAGGCUUGGGGAAGUGAGAGAGCCUUGUUGUGUGUUGUGUGCGGGGCGUGAUGGCCGAACAGCAGCAGCAGCAGCAGGCGGGCCAGAACACAAGGCCUCCCUCGCUAAACAUGUCCGCGACCACGUCAGGUCGGCGGAGCAACCUACGACUGGCCUUCCCUGGUCACCCAAGAUCCAACAAUGACCGUCCACCAAACAGUGUAGAGUUUCCAGCCUCAGGCUAUCCCACCACUCAAAUGCAUCCAAGAGCAUCACCUCCCCCAGUACCACCUAGAAUCACUAUCAGCAAUACCAGCAGCAAGAGGGAAGGACGUAGUAAAUCCUCCCCUGGUGGCAUGCGGGCAGGCCGUGUUGCCAUGGCAGGCCAGCCUGUGGACACUGAUGUGGGUGCCCUUCGUGGGCCACCUCUUCCAGUUAAAACUAGAGCCACUCACACAUCUUCACCCUCACCGCCUCCUCCAGUGAGAAUUCCACAGAAUGUACGUGAACAAAAAAAAAAGCACUUGGUGCUGCAUCUUCCACCUCCACACCACCAUGGCCAGCACCACCGCCACGAAUCUCUCAGGGACCGCAGCCACAAGAGUUCAGAGAGCAUCGCCCCAGUUCCUACAGCAUCAAGGGACAGAAUUACCCGGGGAAUGUACCAAAGUAUCCAGUCUUCAGGCAAGCUCAAAAUUUCUCCUGAAUUGCAAGUUGAAUUUACUGCGGAUGAUCUUCGUGACCUGGGUGAGAUUGGCCGCGGUGGCUUCGGCACUGUCAACAAAAUGGUCCAUCGGAAGAGCAACACCAUCAUGGCCGUUAAGAGAAUCCGCUCAACUGUUGAUGAGAGAGAACAGAAGCAGCUGCUGAUGGACCUGGAGGUGGUGAUGCGCAGUAAUGACUGCCCCUGUAUUGUACAAUUUUAUGGUGCCAUAUUUAAAGAGGGUGAUUGUUGGAUAUGCAUGGAGCUCAUGGACACCUCUCUGGACAAAUUCUACAAGUUUAUAUAUGAACGGAUGCAUGAGAGACUUCCAGAAAACAUGUUGGGAAAAAUCACUGUUGCUACUCUCACAGCAUUAAAUUACCUCAAGGAAAAGCUGAAAAUAAUUCAUCGAGAUGUGAAGCCUUCCAACAUUUUACUGGAUAAGCGAGGCAACAUAAAGCUGUGUGACUUUGGCAUCUCUGGCCAGCUGGUGGAUUCUAUUGCCAAGACCCGAGAUGCUGGCUGUCGACCCUACAUGGCACCUGAGCGCAUAGACCCUGCUCGGGCCCGAGGGUAUGACGUGCGGUCUGAUGUGUGGUCACUGGGCAUCACCCUCAUGGAGCUGGCUACUGGCAGCUUCCCCUACCCAAAGUGGAACUCAGUGUUUGAGCAGCUGACCCAGGUGGUGCAGGGGGAGCCACCGCGUCUCUCACCCAAUGAAAACGGAAACACGUUUUCAGAAGAAUUUGUGUCUUUUGUUAAUACGUGCCUCAUCAAGGACGAGAGUUCUCGCCCCAAGUACAAGCAACUUCUUGAGCAUACAUUUGUGGUGCGUUCCAAGGCUGAUCCCAUGGAUGUAGCUGAAUUUGUCUCUGGCAUUCUGGACAAAAUGGCCAAUAACGGGCGAGUGAUGUAUACCUACGACUCGUACAACUGCUGAUGAUGGCAUAGCACAUAUUGUUACUAAUUGAUGUAGUUUAAGUCCUGGAGUUCCAUCUGGACAAAGCUUCACAUGCAAGAGUUGGAUGAUAAGAAGAGCCCAGGCAGAGCAGCAUUUAUUUGUACAACUCUCAGAAUUCACCUCAGACUGAGAAAUAUAUAUAUAUAUAUAUAUGCCCUUUUCUCUUGACAUUAAAGCAAUUUAUGCUGGAAUGCAAGAGGAAAUGAUGGCAUAUAAUCAUCUGUGAUCUUUUCUGCUAGAGAGAAAGUCAAAAAAAGAAUAUAUCAAAACGUCAUAGUUUUAUGUAAAGAUGGACAAUUCAUAACAUACAUUGCCAGAGUGCAGUCACCUAAGCAAGUGUGGGCACUGUGAAAGGUUCUCCAAGUUCUCUCAGUAGGGCCUUUCAAAGCGACCCUGAUUAACUAAACAUGUAGUACCCGAGUUGUGCAUAGAGGCAUGCACACAACCCAGUCAGGAAAGUGGCCAUUUAAAUGCAGUCCUGAUGCAACAUCCCCAAACAAAUGAUCCAUCUUCAAAGUGAAAGGUGUAACAAAGGAUGCCCCACUAACCAUUGGAUUGUGAGUUAUCAAUGAGUGGUGUGAUUCUGGUUUUCUCAUGGAUGACAUUUUGGGAUGCAAAGUUUUAGAAAUGAUGAGGUACUGACAUAAGGGAGAUCACAUCAUCAUCAUCCUCAUCAUCAUCAUCAGUGUAUGUAGAUAUUGUUCUGAUGAAGAUGUGCUGCUUGACACAUGAAAAAGUUGGAGUGAGUGAAAUAUAAUUGCCUCAUUAAAUUUAUUGUAUGAUAACACUCAAUUUAGCAUAUAAAUAUUUAGAAAGAAGACUAUUUUUAGUGCCAUUGUUAUAUAGUGUGAUUAUGAUUUUAAGAUUUAAGAAGAUUAUUUAUUUAUUAUAUAGUGUUGACUUGCAGAUCCUUAGGAAUACUAGAUCAUUGUGUGUGAGGAUGACAGAAGUAAAAGCUUGAGAAAGUUCAUCUUGUAAAAUGAGCAUUUGGUUGCUUUGCUUCUAUUCAUGGUCAGCUCAUGAUUAGCAUAGGAGUUGACUUCACUUGGCACACAUUAAUGUGGUUACUGCAGUAUUUCUUCAACAAACUCAAAAUAUCAAAAUUCAAACAAAACUUUUCGAAACAAAUAAUAAUGAUAAUUUUGAAGUGGUCCUAUUGCAUCCUGGAAAUUUCUCUCUCUCUCUCUCUCUCUCUCUCUCUCUCUCUCUCUCUCUCUCUCUCUCUCUCUCUCUCUCUCUCUCUCUCUCUCUCUCUCUCUCUCUCUCUCUCUCUCUCUCUCUCUCUCACUGUGGUUAUAAGAAACUGCAAGUUCUGAAGAUGUAGACGUCUCAUCUUGGUUGGUCUUGUCAUUACAUCAUUUGUAAUGACAAGAUGUUGCAGUAUUUGGGAUGUAUACUGAAUGAAAUAUUUGCAGAUCUUAUAGUACAUCUAUUCACCAAAUUUUGGGAUCCACUUGACCAAAUUUUUGUGUGUGUAUGUUUAUUCACACAUUUGUAUCUUUAGUACAUUUGAAUUGUUGGGUAACAUAUUGGGCAAUAUAAGUGCCUCUGUUGUUAAGCAAUGGUGUGAAUGGAAUUGUACAGAGGGUUAAAAGGCGUUGUAGUGUACCCACAAUUAUGUUGACAAAUCGCAAGAUUUAGGCAUUAGUGACCUUUAAUGUAACAAGCAUCAGGUGGAGAUAUCAGACUGUAAUAGUAAUUAACAUAUUUUAAAUUAUUUGCAUCCAUUAGUUGUGGAUUUCCAUUAGAUCUGGAGAGAUUGAAGACCUGCCAGCAUGAAGCUCAGCAAAGAAAGCUUUUAAGUAAGCUGUCCUGACUGAAGAUGGAAUGGGGCUCCAUCUUUAAGUAUUGUUUUCAUAUGUUGUUGCAGACAUGUCUCAUAGAAAUAAAACUUUUUAUAUU